CAGUGAGCCCGGGGCAUGGGCGGGGCGCGGCUUGGAGCGCGAAACAUGGCCGGGCUAGGCGCUGGUGGUGGUGGUGGUGGUGGUGGUGGUGGUGGUGGUGGUGGGGGCGGUGGCUACGAGGACGAGGGCGACGACAGCGUGUUCGAGGCGGCCGUGGAGGUGUUCGCGAAGCUGAAGGACCUCAACUGCCCCUUCCUCAAGGGUCUUUACAUCACAGAACCACAGACCAUUCAGGAACUGCUGUGCAGCCCCUCGAAGUACCGCUUGGAAAUCCUGGAGUGGAUGUGUACACGGGUCUCUCCUUCCUGGCAGGACAAGUUCAGCUCGCCAAAGGCGACCCCGGCUGAGGUGAAGAUCCAAGAGAUGGUGAAAUUAGGCCACGAGCUGAUGUUGUGUGGGCCAGAUGACCAGGAGCUCCUGAAGGGCCGGGCCUGCGCCCAGAAGCAACUGCACUUCCUGGACCAGCUGCUGGACGUGAUCCGGAGCUUGACCAUCGGAUAUUCCAGUGUGAAGGAGCACUUUGACGACACCAGGGAGAAGAAUGAGGCGCUGCUGGGGGAGCUGUUCUCCAGCUCCCACCUACAGAUGCUCCUGAGCCCCAAGUGUGACCCGUGGCCCCUGGACAUGCAGCCCCUCCUCGACAAGCAGAGUGAUGAUGGGCCGAGGGCCAGCCCCUCUGUCGAGUUGGAGGAGGAGAAGGCAUUGGAGCUGGUCAGACAGCUACAGGAGAGCGCUGUUAAGCUGCAGGCACUCAGGGUAGAGCACCAGCAAGGGGCUGAGGUGAACAGGGCCGACACCGGCACCCUGGACCAGAAGCUGCGCCUGGUUGUCUCUGACUUCCACCAGCUUGUUGUGGCUUUCCUCCAAGUCUAUGACGAUGAGCUGGCUGAGUGCUUCCAACGCCCAGGCCCCUACCUCCACCCGUGUGGCCCCAUCAUCCAGGCCGUGUGCCAGAUUCUGACGUCGUGCAGCCAACUGUUGAAAGCAGUCAUGGAGGUCACUGGCAUCUGGGCUGAAACCGUGGAGAUGGUGAAGCAGCAGCAGAGUGAGCAGAUCUUUUGGGGCAGCAACAGCUCUGAGAUGAGUCUAGCCACCAAAAUGGAAGAAGUAACCCAGAAAUAUAAGAUCUUCAACGACGGUCUGCGCAAAGGCGCAGGGUCGGCUGGGAGCAGGAUGCUCCAACUCAGAGAGCCAGGCAGCCGGGAAGGGCUGAGCCAUCAUCAGGAGAAGCACUUACAGCCCCCGUAUUCUCUGGGCACAGCCUCCAAAUGCCUGGUGCCUUCAGCUCCUUGGGAGGGGGAGGGAGGAAGGGGUCAGAGGUGGGGCAGGACAGCCAUGUGAGCUGGAGAGAAAGGAAACCUCGGGUUCUACAAAGUUGCCUCCAGCCUGCUUCUUGCUUCCCUGGCUCCAUGUGACCGCCUCCUUCCCUCUGCUGUCUGGCCUGGGCUGAGGGGUCCGUGGUGCCCCGCUGCUCCAUCCUCCUUCUUCCCAUCCUGGCUGUCCUGAGUCCUGGGUGCGCCUGGCUGCAAGCCCCCUGUUGUCCUGGGGGCCUGGGCCCUGCCCCUCUCCUGCCCUGUCCGCCCUGGGUGCUCCUUCCCCUGCCAGAUGCCAAGCCCCAGAAGUCUCCACCUCGCCGUGAUACCUGGCCACAUGCAACCAGAGCCUGCCCCCUGCCCUGCUGUCUGCUACCCAGUGACCAGCCUCGGGGUCCCAUGUGAGGACUCCUCACAGUCCCUCAGCUGGGCCGCUGGCACCCACUGUCUCUGGGAUCCAGUGGGUGGGCAGGGCAUGUUUCCUCCUCUUUCCUCUCCAGGGCUCCUGGCACCAGUCUGGGGAAUUCUUGCCGGUGGCCUGACUGGUUGUCCAGGAAGCUACUCUCUGGGCUUCCCAGGGUGACCCAGUAUCUCCCUGAGCAGUAUACCUGUCACAGCCAUCUCCCUCCCUUCAAGCUUGGGAACAGGUGUGACAGGCCCCGGGGUGAGGAGGGGUCUCCCUCUGAAUGCUUGGCCCAUCCUGGCCCCCAGCCUCACUUGCACCCGCUCUGCCCUGCUCCUUCACUUCCCCGUCUCCUGUGGGUGCUCCAGACAAGGAGGCUCCCGGGAGCUGGGCACCAGACCCCUUCUCGCCCAGGCUGCCAGAGCCCCUGGCCCCAGUUACCUGCUUUGGGCAUCUCCCAGAUGGCUGCUUGGGAGGUGGGAGGACAGGCAGGCCUGUGGUCACCACUGUCCAGGUGUGCCAACGGUUUUACAAGCCAAGGGACUCAUGAGGGCCUGCAGCGGGCAGGCUGCAGCCAGCAUUUUGGUUGCCUCUCUGUGCCCCCAGCAGGAGGCCAGGCCUGCAGGCACCCACCACUGAGUGCUGGCACGUCUUGCUUUGGAAUGAGGUCCUUGGGAUGAUGCCACCUGCUUGCUGGACCAGGGAGGGCCUUCUUGCUUCCCUCCCGUCUUGACUGUGCCUGGUGGGCUGUAUACACCCCGAAACCUAGGGCUGGAGGGGCUGGGCUUCACUCCUGCUCCUGC